UCUAACCUCACCAACCUCCUCUUCCCCGCUCAGUUGCCGCGACUUGACUGCGCAUCAACGAACGAGGACUGCAGCCGCGUCUUUCACCAAAUCAUCCGGAGACUGCCGAAUCGACGACGAGACCUGUAAAUCAAUUGAACAGGACACGUCCCAGACAGUCUCGUCAAUCCGAGGCGGUCCGUCUCCCUCUCCAGCAGCGACGUGACCCCCGCUUCGCUCGAAGGCAUCAUCGGCGACCCGGCAAAUCUAUCUACCUCAGACUCCCUCGCGACAUCGCCCUCCCGUCUACCCUGCUCCGCGCGUCGCCAUGGUCGGCACAAUGAAAGAGUCGAUCCCCUCCCUGCCGCCCCCGGCAUCUGCGACGCUGCAUCCUCCGCCGUCGCCCGGAACUCAUCGAGCUCUCCGGAAACUCCAGUCGGCUCACAACCUCGGUGCCAAAGCCUCCAAUCUCGGCAGCACACCCACUCUCACUUCCCAACAACGUCUACACCCGAGACCCGUGUCGCCCUUCCGGAGGAACGUUAGUAACGGUAGCCACCGCGGGCUCAGCGACAACACCGGCACAUCUGCCACCAGCACCAGCAAUCCCGGCAGCAGUAACGCAACAACUGCUGGCGCCGCCCCGGCCGCGGCAAAUAAUAACGGAGGAGGCGGCGUCAACACCGGAACUGGACGCACGCCACAGCGCACACGGGGGAGAGCCAACAGCGAUGCGCCCGUCCUACAACAGACGCCCGGGGGCACUAUAAUUGCCCCCCGGAGCAGACGCGCCCCCCUUACCAGGCGCUCGGCCGCCGCGGACCAGCUUUCGCUCGAGCGUCUCCUACCUACAGGCCCCCUGGACGGAGACCUGGCGGGCUCCAUCGAGAGCAUGCGGUACAGCAUACUCAACGAUGGCAUUAAAUCAAACAGUGAGGGGAUGUCGCAACUGCGUAUAUACUUGUGGCUCAUCAUGCUCGACUGUCCUGUUCUGGAGACGGAUGCAUACCUCGACCUCAUCCAUCGCGGUGCUUCGCCAGCAUACUCCAAAAUCCGCAAUGACACCUUCCGCACCCUGACCACAGAUCCGCUUUUCCGCAGGCGCGUGAGCGAGGCCAGCUUGAUCCGCCUGCUCAAUGCCGUCGCCUGGAAGCUGCAUGACGGCCGCGAGGAGGACCGCGUCAGGCAGUCGGCCGGCAGGCAGUCUCUCCCACACUUGGGCGACUCGCCGACCCGGGCAGGUGGAGGUGGCGGUGUGAUCAGCAGCAACAGCAGCAUCAGCGGAAGCAACCCCCGAGGUGGCAGCAGCAACAACGGCCUGUCGGUAUCGGCGUCGUCCCCUGCAGCCAAGAACCGCGCUCGGGCGCUCACGCUAACGACCGAGGGCUCUGACUGCAGUGUAGCGCCAGAGUCGGGCACAUAUGUCCAGGGCAUGAACGUUCUCGCUGCGCCUUUCCUCUAUGCUGCGCGCAGCGAGUCGGAGGCUUUUGUGGCCUUCCAUCAGCUCCUCACCAAGGAGCUCCCAGGCUACAUCAGGGGCGCCAUGGACGGUGUGCACAAGGGUCUGCGCCUGGUGGACAAGGUGCUCUCCAUUGUUGACGAGAAGCUAAGCAGGUACCUCACAUCUAAGGGGCUCACGGCCGAGAUAUACGCCUUUCCGUCCGUCCUGACUCUCUCGGCCUGCACGCCACCUUUGCCCGAGGUGUUGCAGCUCUGGGAUUUCCUGUUCGCCUAUGGUCCGCACCUGAACAUCCUGUGCAUUGUUGCGCAGCUUAUGUUGAUCCGCAGCCAGAUCAUGGCGUCUCCCAGUCCCAACAAACUCCUUCGGUCAUUCCCGGCUCUCCAGGCCGAGCAGAUCAAGAGAUUGACCCUGUUUAUUGCUAAGAACAUACCGGACCAUGUCUACGCCGAGAUUAUCAACCACGCUCGCUGAUGGUUGACAGCUUUGUUCUGUGCCUAACCUGUGCCGAGCGCGAAUGUAGCAUGUUGCUGCGUGUAAACUUUCCUUUUUUACCUUUCUGACUCUCUUUAUAUGAGGGCCACGUCGGUAACGCACGAUUUACGAAGUCACGAAUGCCAAAACGGGGUGGGUGUAGACGACAGAGGCGGAAAUGCACAAAAAGAAUGCCGAUUUAAGGCGGAAACCAGGGGCAAAGAAGUAAACCUUGAGACGGGUGUUAAUCUGUUGGAAAGAUGAUGUAAUAAUAUGCUUUAUGUUCAAUAUGCUUGAGCCCCAAAGUAUCUGAUAACGUACGCCUUGAACGCUGAGCUCAAGUUUCAAGAUGGUCAAUCAUUGAAC